AUGCAACAAAUUGCUGAGUUGAGGGCUAAGCUGCAGAAAAACCAAGAUUUGUCAAUUCUGGUUGUCGUUAUCAACAAUUCAAGUGAUGGAAUGCUUCCACUCCAUUUUCCUCCUCUGAAUUCAAACUCGGAACAUGUCCUAAAUAACCCACUCUUUAACCCAGUUCAAAAUCCCUCCACCAUCAACUUAACUAUCCCAAAUCUUCAUCACACCAACACUGCAUACCAAACCCCUGCAAAAGGCACUAAAAAUCCACCAAAUGCUCAAUCCCUACAACCAAAAGUCACUUUUGAUAUCCCAGUACAAACUGAACCACACCUUCACUAUACUACUUAUUCCCAACUUGACCACUACGAAGAGAAGGAGAAGGAGUGGAGAGCCAAAGAGGAAAAGACUAAGAAGAUCAUGAAGGAAGAAAUUGCGAAAGUGAUAAAAGAACUUGAUUACUCUUUAAAAGAGGUGGGAAUGAACUACGAAAAUUUAUGCAUUCACCCAGAUUUUGACCUUCCGGAAGGGUCCAAAGUGCCAAAAUGUGUCACUUUUAAUGAAGUUGCCCCAGAUCGCUACUACUUGGAGAAGAUCAAACAGAGGUCUACAGAAAAUUAUCGAGAGUACGGUCUUCUUUGGAGAAAAGAGGCCGCAAGAGUUCAACCUCCCAUGUCUAAGCGUGAGAUCACUGAAAUGGUUAUUCGAACUCAAGAGCCUCAGUACUAUGAAAGAAAGUUGUGUAUGAUGGGACAAAAAUUUGUCAAGAUCGUCAAACUGGGAGAAGUUUUGGAAGAUGGUUUCAAGACUGGAAAGGUCACAAACCUUACUGCAUUGCGAGCUAGUGACAAACCUACCAAAAUUAGUGGUGUGAAUACGUCAAAAGGAAAAGUAGAAGAGGUAUAUGCAGUAACGGUUACCCAUAUGCAAUCGGCUCUACAAAGGAGACAUCAAAACCACAAUGUCAAUCAGAAACGAUUCCCUCGUCCAAACUUUAGGAAUCCUCCUAAAGUAUUUACACCACUAAGGGAAUCUCAAACUCAACUUUAUGAAAGGUUGAGAGCAAUGUGUAUGCUCCAUCCUAUAGAAGGAAGACCAACCAAUCCUUUGGGAGAAUUUUACAGGGCUGACCACAAAUGUGCUUAUCAUCCAGGAACGGUUGGACACGACACAGAGAAUUGUUCAACCCUCAAGCACAAAAUUCAAAACAUGAUCAACAAUAAUUUAACCAAUAUUAAUUAA